AUGAGCCGCUUGGUCUUGCUGCUUGCCAACCUCGCCCUGGUCUCCGGCCAGGCGGUGAACCCAGUGGCCAAGGUGAUCUCUUUGCUGUCUGACAUGCAGACCACUAUCAAGAAGGAGGGCAAGGCGGAGGAUGCACGCAUCACCAAGUUCAGCAACAACUGUGAGCUUCGCAGUGCCGAUCUUGAGUACCAGAUCAAAACGGCCAAGGAGGACAUCGAGGAGCUGAGUGCCCGCAUCAGCAAGGCGGAGGGGAAGAAGGAGACGCUCGCCUCGACCCUCGAGGAGACCUCUGAGGGGAUCGCCUCCAACGAGGCGGACCUCGCUGCGGCCACCUCUGUGCGCGCCAAGGAGGCCGCCGACUUCAAGGCCGCCGAGAAGGAUCUCCUGGAGACCUCUGCGACGGUGGAGCGGGCCAUGUCGAUGCUGGAGAAGAAGGAAGCCAAAGGCGAGUCCCUUGUCCAGGUGAAGGGCGCCGGAAACCUCCUGCAGGCCGUCCAGGCCAUGAUGGACGCCUCCGUCAUCGGCCAUCAAGAUGCGAAGACCCUCACCGCCUUCCUGCAGGAUGCGCAGGCCCCUGAGCCGGCGACCUAUGAGUCCAAGACAGGUGGCGUGACUGAGAUGCUGGAGGACAUGCUCGACAAGUCCAAGGAUCAGCUCAUGGAGCUCCGCAAGAAGGAGACGGAGGCAAAGCACAGCUUUGAGAUGGUGACCCAGUCCCUGGCUGACGAGAUCAAGUUCGCCAAGGCGGCCCUGGAGAAGGCGAAGAAGAGCCAGGCCGAGCAGGCGCGGAUCAAGGCCGAAGCUGAAAAGGACCUCCAGCAGACGAAGAUUUCUUUGACUCAGGACCAGAAAUCCCUGAGCGACGUGACCAUGGACUGCAAGCAGGAGGUCGCUGACUACCAGGAGGAGACCAAGAGCCGUGGGCUCGAGACCGAGGCUUUGACGGCGGCCAAGGCGGCGCUGAUGGAAUCUUCCGGCCUUUCUUUCCUGCAGCUGGGUUCGAAGUCCACUAUCAAGAGCAGCCAGGACCUCAAGCACUUUGAGGUGGUCCGCAUGGUGCGUACGCUAGGUCAGCAGUUGAAGGACCAUCAGCUUGUCCUGCUCUCCCGCCGGAUGGAUGGCAUGCUGCGAUCCGAGUCGGGAGCAGAUGUCUUUGGCAAGAUCAAGACCAUGAUCUCGGACAUGAUCACCACCAUGCAGGAGAACCUUCAGGCGGAGGCCACCAAGAAGGCAUAUUGCGACAAGGAGAUGGGCGAAGCUGCGGACAAGAAGGCAGCCAAGGAGGACGACCUCGAUGACGUGAGCACCAAGAUCGACGGCACCGCAUCGAAGUCUGCAUCCUUGAAGAAGCAGGUGGUGGCCAUCAAGAAAGAGUUGACCACGCUGGCUGAGACCCAGGCGAACAUGACAGCACUGCGCCAGGAGGAGAAGGCCAUCUUCAAGACGAAGGAGCCGGAGACCGUGACUGGAAUGGAGGGCGUUAAGUCGGCAUUGAAGUCCCUGCGCGACUUCUACAAGAGCAGCGGCGUCAAGGUGACCAGCGGUGAGCGCAAGGGCGCCGCAGGAGGCGUCAUCGGUCGCCUGGAAGAUGUCGAGGCCGAUAUGGCUAUGAGUUUGUCCCAGAUGCGUGCUGCCGAGAAGACGGCCCAGACCAACUACGAGCGGGACACCCAAGACAUGAAGUUGGAGAAGACCCAGAAGGAGAAGGACAUUGAGUACAAGACCGCGGAAGCUCAGCGCCUGGACACCGAGCUCAACAACUUGAAUGCGGACCAGGAGAGCAUGCAGACCGAGAUGAGCGCCAUCAUGGAGUUCACCAAGGGCCUCGAGGCAGAGUGCCUCGUUACCCCGGAGUCUUUCGCUGAGAAGCAGGCCAAGCGCCAGCAGGAGAUCGAUGGCUUGAAGGAGGCUCUCACUGCCUUGGAUGCCACUGCUGGCACCGCUCUGUUGCAGCGUGGACCCCGGGCCCUCCGUGGCCAGGGAGUGCUCAAGGCUUAG